AUGUCAGUAUCAGAUGAAGCACAGCCUGAAACCGUCAAAGUUGUUCUUUUAGGAGACCAGAGCGUAGGAAAAACGUCACUUCGAAGUCAAUAUCUUUAUCGAUACUUUAGCAGUAUGUAUAAGGCGACGAUCGGCGCGGAUUUCCUUAUGAAGCGAGUGCGUACGCCGGACGAUCAGAUAAUGGAUUUACAAAUAUGGGACACGGCUGGUCAGGAGAGAUUUAAUGCUGUUAGUCGUGCUUUUUAUCGAGGUGCCGAUAUAGGCGUUAUCGUGUAUGAUAUCACAAAUGCAGAGUCGUUUUACCAUCUGACGAAAUGGGUGGACGAUUUUGUGGCAAACAGCGGUGGGUCCAGGCCGUAUUUGCUGAUUGUUGGUAAUAAAAGAGAUAACGAAUCAACUAGACAGAUAAGUUAUCGGCAGGCAGUGGAAUUCGCGACAAAACAGGUCGAGGAUGGACUAAUUGGGGAUAUAGACAAGGAUGUGGUUGAAACUACGGCAAAAAGGCAUCAGGACGUGGUGGAUUUAUUCUCCAGAUGUGCCGAAUUGGGUGCUCAAAAGAUGAAGAAUGAUGCUUUGAGCCCGAUGAGUUUCGACGAUAUCGACGCGUCGAAUGCGGUCGAUAUUGCCGGCCUGCCCAGGAAACGCGGUGGGUGUUGCUAG